UUUUUUUUCAUACGGAGUUAAACCGGGUUGAUCCACGCUCUCGUGCACACGCAGCAAUUUUAAUCCGUUUUCAGCUGCUGCACAAUCCCCCGCCCGGAGUUAGAAAAAAAAAUUGGAGAAAUCAAAUUAAGAAGAAGAAACAGCAGCAGCACCGCCACUACCACCACAACGGUGGCUGAAUAAAAAAAAUCAAUGGAUAGAAUGUUCUACAGAGGAGUAUUGAUGCAUUACUUGUCUUCUUUGUGCUAUAAUGGUUUUUGGAAACUUAAGUAGAUAUCUUGAUGGUGGUGAUGGGCGUGAAAUGGGUGCCAAACGUCAGAGGUUAGUUGAUCAGGGUCCUUCAUACUAUGGAAGCUCCCCUGGUCCAAGUUUUAUGUAUAAUCAGCCACCUUAUGGAUUUGUUGCGCAACCUCCACCUUUCCCUGUUGUCCGGCUUCGUGGUCUCCCAUUUGAUUGCACAGAAACUGAUGUGGGCGAGUUCUUCCGUGGUCUAGACAUAGUUGACGUUCUGUUUCUCCACAAGGGUGGCAAGUUCACUGGUGAAGCCUUUUGUGUCUUGGCGUAUCCUCUUCAAGUUGAUUUUGCCCUUCAAAAGAAUAGGCAGAACAUAGGCAGGCGGUACGUUGAGGUUUUUAGAAGUAAGAGGCAGGAUUAUUACAAAGCAAUAGCAAAUGAAGUUUCAGAUGCUCGUGGUGGUUCACCACGGCGAAAUUCUUCAAGGGCUAAAUCUUAUGAUGAGGGAAAAGAAUUAGCGGAACAUACAGGAGUGUUGCGUUUGAGAGGACUGCCCUUUUCGGCUGGAAAGGACGACAUAAUGGACUUCUUCAAAGAUUUUGUAUUAUCAGAGGAUUCAGUUCAUAUCACAUUGAACUCAGAGGGCAGGCCAACUGGAGAAGCCUUUGUGGAGUUUGCAAAUGCAGAAGAUUCAAAAGCAGCAAUGUCAAAGGACAGGAUGACUCUCGGAAGUCGUUACAUAGAAUUGUUCGCCUCAUCCAUCGAGGAGCUCGAAGAAGCCGUUUCAAGAGGACGGUGAUGCUACUUGAAUUACUGGUGAUGUUGAACUGCCUUAUUGCCUAAAAUUUUGCUUUAGUUGGUUUGUUUGGCAUUGCUCUGAGUUGGUACGUCAUUUUUAGAAUUUCAAACGAGAAAAUUUCCAGUUUAGUCAAAUUAUAUUACUACAUUGAUGUUUCGUGUUGUACGAUUAGCAGCGAACCUGCCAUAGCUUGACAAAAUAGUAGCUUCAAUAACUAGUUCGAGACAUUUGUUUGAAA